CUCCGGCACACUGCGGCCACGCACCUGCUACUGUGACGUCGUGUGACGUGUUACAUUGGGGUGGAUUAUUUGUCCAAUUACAUGUUGCCAUUGCUAUUGGAAGUUGUAGCAAGUUAGCGCCUGGCCGCAGCUCCUGUGCGGUGAUCGGGGGCGUUCUAGAACUACUAAUCCACGCUUAGAAAACACAGACUCCCAGAGCAGGGGGAAAUACCAGUGAUCGCGGACAGGCCUGACUUACGACAAUUUAAGGACCGUUAUUUUUUUUAAUUGUUUAACUGUGACUUUCAUUAGUGCUCAUCGAGUGCAGAGAUUUACGUUAUCUAAGGGACAGAGACCAUACGAUAGGAAAUGCGAAAUCCGUCUAGCUUUGUGUUGUUCAGUGCUACUCUAUGUGUAUAUUUCACUGUACAGAUUUCCUCGGUCUCAGCAUCAAAAUGCAAAGGACCUUGGGCAAACCACAUGUGCUUUGGAGGAAAUGGAAAACGGUCGUGGUCACCGCCGGUACAGGAACCGGAAAUGAACAGAAAAGAUGACGAACUAGGAAGAACUAUGCUUAGAAAUGUUCUUUUAAAACGUUUAAACACUUAUCCAUCUAUGAGCAGUUACUAUAGCGACUCAGAAAGCUUUUAUCCAAUGGGCUCUGAUUUUACAGAGGAAGGCGAUUCAAUGAGCAGGGAAAACGAACUCCGACAGCUACUAAAGGAACAGAUAUUACGGAAGGAAAUGGCGGCGCUAGUUGGAGAUGACGAUGUGUAUGAAUAAUGAGGCACCCGAAGGGAUUGAGGCCCCCAAUGGGAGUUUACAACUUACUAAUAAAAGUAUACAAUAAACUUUA